AUGUCUAGUGAGGAGAAUUCUUUUUACGACGAUUGUUUUAUUAUCCACCCGGAUGAUCCAAGUUACUUUGAUCUUUUCGGCCUGCUGUUUUCCUCUAAAUUGGGGCGAAGAAGGUUCAUCGACUGUCCACAUCAGUCUAAUCUGAGUUUUGUCCGUCGAUGGAUCAUCUUCGUCUCGAUUCUCCUUCAAAAACUCACCCUUUCCAUGAGAAUACCUUUAAUACUCACCAGGAAUGUGCUCGAGAUGUCUCUGAAUCUUGUUUCAUGGAACGGUGGUUUGUUCCGUCUCCCGUUCAGACUCAUGACAGGGAAAUUAGAGUGGCCGCACAAGUCAUCGGCGAAGUUCAGAUCGUUGAUGGCAUUUAUCGACCCUCGCGUUGAAUUAGACGACAAAAUUAAGCCUGGUGACGCCAAAUAUAAAGCGUCGCUGUGUAUGAUGUCUGCCAAAUUUUCAUAUGAGAAUGAAGCUUACAUUAAAACCAAUAUCAUGGAGCACUGGAAGAUGAAAUUCUACGAGUUCUGGAACGAUUUCGAAGAUCAUAUCACAACCGAAGUCUUUAUGAUGCAAGACACAUUGUCUAACCCAAACUUGAUCGUGGUUGCAUUCCGAGGCACCGAACCUUUGCAGCUGUUGUGGAAUUCGGUAGAAACUGUCACUGCUGCUCCCCCAACAAUUCAGCCCCAUGACUUACGGGCGAACUUGGAUCUAUCUUGGUAUAAGCUUAAACAUAUGGCUAAGGGCAAGAUCCAUAGUGGUUUCAUCAAAGCUCUAGGCUUGCAAAAGAACAAUGGUUUCCCCAAAGAGCUCCGACAACCCACCGACGACCGCCGUGACUUCACUUACUACACUCGCCGACGGAAGCUGAGGCAGGUUUUGCAUGAGAAUCGAGAAGCCAGGUUCAUAUUGACAGGGCAUAGAUUGGGUGGGGCAUUGGCAAUAUUGUUUGCUGCUCUGCUGAUGUUGCACGAGGAGGCAUGGUUGUUGGAGAAAUUGGAAGCGGUUUACACCUUUGGGCAGCCCAGGAUUAUGAAGAAGUAA